AUGGAAGAGUGCAACCAAUCUGUUGAUGAUCCCUUCUGCCCCUCAUAUCGUUUUGAAAAGGAGAUUCACAAAGAAAGCUGCAAACCUUGGAGGAUGGCAAUUAUUGUGAAACUUUUAGGAAAGCGUGUGGGGGUGAAGUUUUUUCAAAAUAGGUUGUUGAAGAUGUGGAAUUUAAGCGGCUCUUAUGAGUUCAUUGAUAUGGAGAAUGAUUAUUUUUUAUUUCGGUUUGACAAGAUUGAGGACUACAAUUUUGUUUUGCAAGAGGGUCCUUGGGUUGUAGCUGAUCAUUAUGUAAUGGUUCAACGUUGGCGUCCCUUCUUUAACCCUCAUGAUGAUGAUUUCAAGAAGCUGGUUGUAUGGCUACGUAUUCCAGGCCUCCCAAUUGAAUUUUAUACGUCUAGGCACCUAUGUAACAUAGGUAAUCUUUUCGGGAGAACACUCAAGAUUGAUAGGAAUUCAAUUCGGAAAGAUAUCAUAGGAGAUAAGGAGUUCACAGAUCGAGCAAAAUUUGCCCGUAUUUGUGUGGAAGUUGAUCUUCGAAAAGGAUUCCUGUCUAAAUUCAAAAUAGGCAACCGUGUUUUUCCAGUGGGCUAUGAAGGUUUGCACCUUGUUUGCUUUGCUUGUGGUAGGUAUGGUCACCGCCGUGAUUCAUGUCCUACCCUUGCUCCUGCUUCGACUAGUACUAUUAAUCAAAGUACUCAGAUUCAUACAACAAUGGCAAACACCACAGUUCAGCAUAAGGUGGCGAUGGAAGGGGAGGCUUUUGGUUCUUGGAUGCUUGUCCAGCGUAACCAGCGAGGAAGAAAGAAGGUCGUGAAUUCAGCUAUGGAUGCUGCAAUCAAGGAGAAGGCUCAUGAAGUGCAUUCAAUUCCGAGCAAAAAAUCCGCACCUGGUAAAUCAAGCAACAUUCCUGAUUUGAAUCAGUUAACCAUCAUGGAUACGUCAGCGCAAAAUAUUCCUCAGCCAGCUAAGCAUAUGGGAAAAAGGAACCAAGAAGAUCAACUCCUGCAGAAUGGGAGCGUUAAAGUUUCUAGAAAAAAUAAACAACAGAUACCGAAGAAGACUGGGGCGGUGAAGGAAUCUUUUGUUCUAAAGAAAAAACAAACGGGUCUUGCAGUAUCUUCUAAGUCUUUCAAGCUUCCCUCUAAACCUCAAUCUUUAUCGAGGGAAUCUAAGGAGAGAAUUUUUUUGAGUUUGACUAAAGGUGAUACAAACAUGUUUCUCAAUGAUAUAGCUCGUAACGUGAAUCCUUCUCCAAGCUCGAAUCUGGCUCUUAGUUCCAUUUCCGGGAAACAGGAGAAUGGUCAGCUUCUUGAGAGGGGCCAGCAAAAUGGAAAAAUCUUAAUACCGGACGAAGAGUUUAAGGAGACUAAUGAACCCCCUGAUGCUUUGGUUAAAUCGGUGUUAGGCAAUCAGGCUCACAACAAUUUGGUGGAUUCAGAUGGUGCUUCCAUUUUGGGAGAUUUAAAGGGGCUGGAAAAAAGGGCUUUUCCCCCUAAUAAAAGACCUCACAAGAAGAUAUCGUAUUUGUAUCUUAGUGCUUUUGGAAACCCGUAUUGGUGGACUGCGUGCAAAGCAGGAGGCAUAUGGAUUCUUUGGAAUUCAUCAGAAGUGAAUAUCCAAGUUCUGCAUACUGAUCAUCAAUUUAUUCAUUCAAAGAUAAGCUGGCUUAAUUAUCAUAAGCAGGAAUUUUUCACCUUUGUUUAUGCUAGUCCUCGGCGUCAAGAGCGUCAUGCUCUAUGGGAUGCUUUGGAGAAUAUUCAGCCGCAAAAUAAUAAUGAAUGGUGCAUUAUGGGUGAUUUUAAUACUUACAUUCACUCGGAGGAGAAGAGGGGCAGUUCAGUUCACAAUUGGAGGAGCAUGCAGGAUUUUCAAGAUUGUCUUAUGUCUUGUCAUCUUAGUGAUCUGGGGCACCAAGGUCCGAGUUUUUCUUGGAGAAGAGGUAAUCUUUUGGAGAGACUUGAUCGUGCUUGUGUAAAUCAAAGCUGGAACAUGUCAUUUCCGAACAGAGUUAUCUCUCACCUUCCUUUUUAUAACUCUGAUCAUCGUCCAAUCCUUCUUUGGGAUGGACAACCAAAUUUUAGUAAUGGAGGGGCUCGUCCUUUUCGUUUUCUAGCGGCUUGGUUGACUCAUAAUUCUUUCUCUGAUCUAGUGAAGAGGUGCUGGGCAGGUGGUCACAAUUGGAAAGCAUCUAGUGAAAACUUUCGAGAGAAAGCCACAUCCUGGCAUAAGGAUUGUUACAAGGAGGAGGAGAAGUUAAAAAAUAAUCUUCAUUCUCGCCUCCGUGGAAUUGAUUAUAGCUUAAGUCAACAUCCUUGUCAUUCUCUGGAGAGGCUGCAGAAAGAGAUCUGGCAACAGUUAAAUACUAUUUAUCUUAGAGAAGAGAUUACAUGGUACCAAAGAUCUAGAACUGACUGGAUUCGGUUUGGUGACCGUAAUACUAAAUUCUUUCAUUCAGCAACAGUUGCCAGGCGUAGGAGGAAUAGGAUUGAUGCCCUUCAAAAUGAUGUCGGGGAUUGGAUUGCUGACCCUUCUCUUCUCAUGAGUAUGGCAGUGGAAUACUAUGAUAAUUUAUAUAAGGAAGAUAUUCCUCUCCGGCCUAAUUUUCCCAUUAGGAACAAAUUCCCAGAAAUGGAAAGGAGAGUUAUGAUGGCUCUUGAGAGCUGCCCUAGUAGUCAAGAGAUUAAAGGAGUAGUGUUCUCAAUGGGGCCUUUUAAAGCGCCUGGUGUUGAUGGUCUUCAUAGCAUAUUUUUUCAAAGCCAAUGGGAUGUAGUGGAGAGCUCUGUUUGUAAUUUCAUUAAGGGAGUCUUCAAUGAUCCUAGUCGUAUAGAAGAAGUGAAUCAGACUCUUCUUUGCUUGAUUCCUAAACUUUAG